GCUUAUAAUUAUAUAUAAGGAUUAUGAUGAACACAGGUUGAAUGGAUCAAGCUACGUGUAAGGAACAAGUAGGGACUUCAUGAUGAAAACUAAGACUUUGUUGAGAGAUGAGAUAAUGGCUUUUCCUUGUGAAUGACAGCAUGUGGAUAGGGAAUGACCAAGCACAGUCCUAUGCAAACACACUGAUGUUAAAAGAUGCACUCAGGUAAGUGAGUAACUUAGUCCUUUCAGCUGUUUUGUUCUGUGAAAAAGUCAUUACUGAGGACUUUAUAUAGCAUAAACGGAUGUUUAUUUUAAUGUAUAAUGUAUGAGGGAUAAUGAUCUGUGUCUUUAAAAUCUCACUACUGUUGGAGACAGAGGGAACCUAUUAUGGCCUUUCCCUAAAAUUGUAUAUAGAUAUACCCAGAGUUAUUUUUUUCUAGGUUCAAUUUUUCUUGAUACAGGUUUGCAAUUUUAUCAUUUAUGUCUGUUCUGCAUAUAUGCAGCAUUAUCCAACUCUUCUAAGAACUAACUUCAUUGUAGGCGCCCCCCAAAAAAGUUGUACAAAUUGUAAUAGUCAAAAGAGAUGAAUGAUCAAAUACAUUUAUUGUCAGAGAUUUGAAGAUCUUGAGAAGAAACUUGGGUUUUCCUCCCUCAAUCUUGCCAUUUCAGACAGUGUCAAAUGUCAGGAUCCAUUUGCAGAAAGUUGUAUACACCCUCCUGAGAGAAUCUCUCAUUAAUGCUUCCAGUCCUAGACGUACGUUGACUCACUCACAGAUUUUGAGGCCAGGAUCAGAAUUCACUACAGUAUGAAAGAAGGAGUGCUCUCAAUAAACUUGUGUGCAGUGGCAUGUUUCCUUGAACUAAUACAGGAAACUCACCACUGCAUGACAACACCAACACCCCAAAUAUAAACUGUGAACUUAAAGAGAAGUAUCGCAUUUCACUUUUUUUUUAUCGGUGUCGUCUGUCUUGACCUUUCCAUCCAUUCAGAAAUCACACUGGAUUUCUUUGGCGGCCGUAAACAAGAUGCAGACUUGAUCCAGAAUUACAAGGACCAUGAUCAAGUCUCUCUGUAUAUAGCUGAGUUUCUGUUGAAUUCUAUGUGAUCCAAACCCCCCUGCGUUCACUCCCCUUUGACAAUGAAGAACCUAUUGUGAGUUUGCAUUGUCUCGUCUCACUUUACCACCACCAGUCUUUAUCAGCUAUUGAUCGCCCCACAGUUGUCCUUGGCGUUAUCAUAUAACAUUUGGGAAUCACAUGUCAACUUCCCAUUCUUGGGAAAAAAAAAAAGAAGAAGAGAACAAACUGGACUGGCAAAUCGUUAGCCAUGCCCUACUUGCACAGGAUGUUGAACAAAGGCAUAUUGAACACUAUUAAUUGUAUGGUUGGGUGAAAGCAGCACUAGUGUGCUCCGGAAACUUUAUCGAUCUGUGUGGUAGCUGACUGGUACAGGAGAUGUAUUGAUAUUGAUGUACAUUUUUUUAAUUUCUUCAGAAUUAAGCCUGGUGGCAUGAAAAUGUCAGCAUCACAUUUUCUCUGUCUUCUGGGGCUGAUGGAAUUACACUUACAUGCUACUUGUAUACCGUUGACCCCAUUGAGGGCCUUCAGCCAUCUUGCUAAAUUACAGUACCAACUGAAUUCACGAUCAAGACAGCAUCUGGAAAAGCCAGGCCACUGUAAAUUUUGAUUUGGAAUCAAACCAUAGAUCCAACUUUGCCAGACGGAAGGGUGCAAGAUUGCCUGGACUGAGUCUGCGGGAGAAAACGAAAGAUAGCAUUGAACACCGGUGACUGUUGUGGGAUUUAAACUGAAGACCCUUCUCUGGAAUUCUCUCAAACUGUUGAUGAAGGCAUCGUGUACAUUGGGUGUGUCAAGACUGUCAAAGGAUAAAAGGGGAUUGGAACUGGCAUCAAACCCACACCUCAUAUAUAGAGGCCUUAUAGAGGCCUGUUGCACUGACCACUUGUUCGUUCCCUCGUCAGACUUUCCCAAGCUGAUUUGUGAAAAGUAAUUGACAGCAAGCAGUUGGAAGGAUUUGAACCUGCAUUCUCUUCUGUGGAUGAUCAUGAAUCUUCCUGAUGAGAACACGAGAAGAUUGAAAAUGGAUAUAAUAUCGGGGUCAACACUAACGUCCUGUCAAGAUGAUGAGCAUGCGCACCAAGCAACGGCCCUCACAGACCUCGAUCUCAGGCCCCUCCCGCUAUGAUCGAAUGGCCGCUCCAGGACACAUCCACAACAUGAACUCCAAGAUCAACUGGUCGGAGUUUGUGGAGGAGAGGGAACAGAAGAAUGGGAACCAGUUGCCAGCCAUACCAGGUGGAAGUGGACUUAACAACAGCUUCCGGAAGCGUACACCUCAGUCAACGGCAGAUCUAACGGCCAGUGACAGAUUCACAAUUCUGCCUGAAAUUGAGGGCAUUGACAUUGAUAAAGAACUGCGCGAGUCCCUCAGCGGUCCCCUGAAAGACGUUAGUCGCCAGCGCCUGCGAGCCAUUAAGAUCAGCUUCCGCCGCCUCAGCAACACGGACAACCGUAUCUCUACCAAAGACGCACUAGUCGUGCUGGGGGAGCACAACGUAAAGAUCUCCAACCGAACAUAUCAGAUGAUGGUGCGUAAGUUUGAGACUGACAGGGGCAUGGACAUCGAAAGUCUGUGGAGGUACAUGGCUGAGGCACAGGCAAGCACAGGAAGAGACAGCAUUCAGGCCAUCAAUCAGAACAAGCAGACAACUUCCCAACCACUGCAGCAGCUGAAUGCUGAAGACAUUGCCCUGCUGACCAGCAUCAACAAGGCCCUUAAGUCCAGCAAUGAGUACGACUUGGAAGAAAUGCGGACGGUGUGCCAAAUGAGGGACAUCUCGAGACAGGGAUCGCUCCCUAGAAAAAUGUUUCGCCGGAUUUGUUUGGAUCAACACUUACCACUGGGAGCCACCCUGAUGCGAACACUGCUGAAGAGAUGUGCCGAUGAGAAGAAUGGACUCAUUGGCUGGCCAGAAUUUCUCAUGCUGCUUGAAAAAGGGAUGAACUUUGAUGCAGACCAGUACAAAAUCAAAAAGAAACCUUCAUCGGCGAUUAACAAGCGGCAGCAGAGCCAGAAGAAGCCAUCGAGUCCGAAAGCUUCGGCGCUCCUCUCACCGAAUGAUGUCAAAGUGAAAGACAGUAAGGACACUGGAAAAGCUGACCACCGAAUAAGGCCCCGAUCGCCCAAUUCAGCGGUAUCCCAGGAGGCCAAACAAAAAGACACUUCCACUAGUUCAACUGCAAAAGCACUCGAUGUGCAAGGAACUGAAAGCUCAAAUAGUCGGACAACUGCAACGCCGUCAAGGAGCAAAUCACCAGAGCUUCCGCUCACUAAACAAGGGUCAAAGAUCAAGGAGCCCAAAGAGUCAUCAAAAGUUGGGGAGAAGCUGUCAGUCAAGUCAUCUGAUCCUUCUGGACAAAAAAUAAAAACGAAGGACCAGAAGGACAGAGGGAAACCCAAAACAUCACAGGAGGCUAUAAAACUGGAUGAAGAUGUGUUGUCUGUGAAAAACUUGCCCACACAAAGGAAGAGCAAAGUCAUCACAUGGAACGAUCCAAUCACACUUUCUGCCAAAGCUGACCAACUGUCAGCCUCUGCAUCAGUCACCAUAGACCAGUCACCGUCCAAAACCGACCAAAUUGAUCAAGACCAGACUCCCAGUGCAAAGGAGGGUGAGGUAUGCAAGUCACCUUUACCUUCAGAUAAGACUGAGGUCAUCCAAGCUGGUGACUCUGGUCAGACCGUGGAACCAACAGAUAGUGUGCCAAACCAGGCAGAUGGAUCUCUCUUGUUGAGCGAGACUGUAGAUGUUGGUGAUUCUGCCCCAAGCCACAAUCCUGACAUGGACCCAACCGAAGAGGAAUACCUGAAAAGGGAGCAGGAGAGAAUAAAUCGUGUGGGAUCAGAACUGACACUGAAUGAACCCAGCUUAGACAAUGCAAGUAUGAGCUCUGAUCCCAAGGAAGAGACUUAUCCUCUCGUCGAUCCAGAUACUUCCGCCGCGAGCUUAGCUCCAGCAGAAAGAUCAGAAACUAAAACGAUAGAAGUUGACCUGACCCUCUUGAAUGCAAAGGACCUGAGUGACGAAAGGCAGGACUUUGAAGGGUCAGAGACUAGUUCCAUUUUUGACAGAGAAGACACGGACACCCAGAGCAUUACAUCGGUCUCCUUGUCGACCAAAUCCAAAGUUCAAAAGCAGCACGAGGCAAGUGAGAAGCGGAUGCGAGCAAUUUAUGGGAAGAAUCCACGGAGACAGUUGACUCCGCUUGGCAAGAGAAUGAAAGACAAUCAAAAGCAGCCUCAUCGGGCAACAAACCCUGGAAAAGCUUCGUCAACAAAGAAGUCUGUGCUGAAAAAGACACCCAAGCCCAAAUCCUCCGUGUCUUCUAGAGGAGGAUCAGCAAAUAACAAGGACCACAGUGCAGGUCCUGUUUCUGCUCCAGCUGAUGAACUUGAUCUUCCAGAGCAUGGAGACCAUGAACCUGACCCAGAAACGAAAUCUGUAGUCAGUCAGAGCGCUAUGGAUUCCCAAGGUAACAUCUUGCCCAAAAGCCACUCCAGUGCGAGCCUUAAUGUGAGUGCUACUCAUUUCCCAGAUGAUGGAGACUUAUUGUCACAGCAUUUGCAAGUUGAGACAGCCAAUGAUCCCUCACAUGGAGGCACCUCACCACCAGCUUUGCCAGACAAAGUCCCCACAGAGGAGGUAGAGUCACAACCAGAUAAGAGGGAGGAAGAUGGGGAGAAGUCAACAUUCACGAUACGGGGACAACAGAUGUCUUACUACGUACCUGAUGCUUAUGUUGGGAAGGAGUUGCCCACAGACGCUCCCAGUCAAAUCCUGGAACUUAACUGGAUCUAUGGCUACCGCGGUAAUGACUGUCGAUGCAACAUGUAUGUCAUCGAAGACGGCAUUCUUGCAUACUUCAUAGGGAAGGUGGUGGUAUUGUACAGCACACAGGAACACAAGCAGAGGCAUUACACACUACAUACAGCAGAAAUCAAAAGUCUAGCAGUUCACAGCAGCAACAUUAUCUUGGCAAGUGGGCAAAUGGCUGGACCAGAAGAUUCUAAUGUACAGGCCUGUAUACAUGUCUGGAGUGCCGAGACACUGGAGACGCUUUAUGUAGCCGGAGAAGGUUACUUUGAGAAAGCGGUGCUGUGUGUGAGCUUCUGCAAAGAAGAGGACUAUCUUGUUGCUGUCGAUGAUAAUGAAGAACACACAAUGUCUGUGUGGCACAGCUCAUCUGGAGAGAGGCUGGCUGAGAAAGUGCUGCUGACCGAAGUUGUUUGCCAGGUUGCCUUCCAUCCCACUCACCCACACCAGCUGGUCAGCAUUGGAAAGGAGCAUCUUUGUUUCUGGAAACUGCAGAAGGAACCCUACACCAUUGAGGAAACUAUGAUUGCCAACUAUGAGACUAAGAUGAAAGCCAAGUAUGUCAUCUGCCUCACAUUUCACCCAAAUGGUGCUCUCUUAACGGGUGAUUCAAAUGGGACCAUCUACCUGUGGCACAAAGAUGGCAACACUAUUGCUCACACUAUAACUCACGCUCACAAUGGUCCUGUGUUUUGGAUGAUGUAUGUGAGGAAUACAUUGAUAUCAGGAGGCCGAGAUGGAAUCAUACAGACAUAUUCCCUGAGUUCCAAGGGAACUGAGUUCACUGGAAAAAUGCAGUUGCCCAGUGUGGAAGGGGGUGUACGCACUAUCCAGACGCACAGGAAGACAAUGUACAUUGGGACCACAUUGAAUUGCAUCCUGAGUGCAAACAUCUCUUUAUCCGGGAGUGGUAGCCCCAUCAUCACAGGAGCUACUGUCAACAAUGCUCCAAUCACACAGGGUCACUAUGAUGAGGUGAGAUGCAUCGCUCCUCACCCUGUCAAAAAGGACCACUUCUUCACAGCUGCCUACGAUGGCAUUGUCUGCCUGUACGACGCUGCUCUCCACAAGGCGAUCUGGAAGUAUGUUGUGAAGGGUAUUAACAGCACUUGCAUGGACGUCGGCCCAGAUGGAGAAAUCAUCAUAAUUGGGGCCAAGGAUGGACAUAAAGGAAACAGCAUGGUUGUACUGACAGUUGGGGAAGAGGAGGUCCAGGAGACAAACCGUAUCAAACUUGGUCGGCACCCUGUGUCAUUCAUUAAAUUUGCCCCUGGAGGAGAGGUCUUUGCUGCCAGCUGCGGUGACAUCAUUCUCAUCUUGAAAGCAACAGAUACUGGAAGAAAAAUUGAGCCAAUGGGAAAGUGUGAGGGUCACCAGACUCCUGUAACUGGAUUUGACUGGUCUAAGGAAGAGAUUUCUGGCAGGCUUGUACUUCAAAGCAGUUCACUGAGCCAGGAAUACAUAUGCUGGGACACACAAAAUUUCCAGGCACUUAGCUGUUCCUCUGACUACAGGAACAUCACUUGGAAAUCACACAACUGUACAGCAGGAUUUACUGUGGCUGGUGUGUGGGAAACCGAUGAAGACAGCCAUGUGGUAAGGAGCAUUGACUGGAGUGAGGAACGGGACCUGUUGGCCACUGGGCUUGACAAUGGUGUGAUAUCUCUCCAUAGGUACCCCUGCACAAUCCAGCUGACUGCCAGGAAAAGUGUCCACGCCCACAGCAUGGCUGUCCCCUGCGUGCGAUUCCUCCCUGACACCACAACGUUCCUGUCUGCUGGAGGCUCAGACUGCUCAACCAUCCAGUGGAGCAUUCAAAGUUAAGCAAUGCCUACAGUCGUCAUAUAGCACAAUAUUUGCCCCAUGGUAGAAGUCCCCCCCCCCUGUGAUGGAGAAAGAUGCUGCUGGGCGUUGUUCCAACUCUGAAGACUGUACAUUCCCACAGAAACUGGUCGGAUAUGCUCAGCAUGGCCUGUGCCAAACUUCCAUGAACCUGUGUGGGGACAGGGUAACGUCAUUUCAGACUGAGGGCCAUUGCUGCUCUGUGAAAACAUGCCAACUUAAGCUCAUAGGCCAGCACAAGGGUUGAAGUUGCCAAGAACAUUCACAGUAGCUUUCGGAAAAUUCAGAAGACCCUAAUUACUGAUAUUAAUCAAGAAUGUAUGUCAAUUACCAUGGUAUGACCCAAUGGAGGAUGGCUGUUGAUAGUAAAAAGUCUGUAUUCAUUUUUAGUCCUCAAAAUGCAAGUUUGAACAGCACUGAAAACCUGCGUUUUUCUGUUGAACAAUACCUCAAUAGGAUAAUUGGUCCUAAAUUCAUGUCAGCCUUCAGAGUGGAACAUUGUACAGAAGUGUAGCAUAUAGUUACAGAAACCCAUUUUGAUCAAAAUUCUCUCCCAAUCAAUUGUAAGAUGAUCUAGUGUUCCGAUGAAUUUUGUAGGUAAACAUAUAUGUCUUAAUUCAGCUGGAUAACAUGGGGAAUCUUUUCUGUAAAGAGCUUAAUUUAUCAGUUUGAAGACUGCUUUUGUUCAGUGUUUUACAGCAUUUUCCAGAUUGUCCAGAGGUUUUAAAUUUCAAGAUAGCCUCUCACCGUGCCAACUAACAAUUUGAAAUCACUGUGAAAUGUAAUCAUGCCUUACCUGUAUUGAAGCCGAAGGUGAAAUUACUCACCAAAUAUUACAUUUCUAAAGAAAAAGAACUAAGCAAGUUACAAAUUAAGAUGAAAAGAGCGUGAAAGUAUUGCAAAUAUUUUGUUUGCAUUUUGUAUAAAGUAAGAGAAAAAGUAUUUAUUUCAAUUGGUGAGAAAUUAUUUCACUGAAACACUGUAGUUAUAUGAGCUUCAGUGGUUAUUAUAUUUAUAAACAGUCUGUCUCCCCUUACAACUCAGUACCCUUCUAGAAAAUUUGCAAAACCAAAGCAUGGAAUCAUGAUUAGAUGUUUUACUAACUUACAAGCUAAUUAAACUUAUAAUCUUAAGAAGGGUAUUGAGAUUAUCAGCUUAAUAAACUUACUAUAAAUACUAAAUAAUAAUAUAAAUAGAAGCGUAUUAAGCUUUUCAGCUUAAUAAGCUUACUAUAAAUAAACAUUAUGAAGCUUAGGGACAAAGUAUUUUCAUAUUAUCACUUUGAGUGCAUUUCAUAAUUUUAUCACCUCUCGUGAAAUAAAAAUGCAAAUCUCAUUUAAACACAUUCACAUUGUGCUGGUACACACUUGCAUUAACACUAAAGGUUUUCGUGGUUGUGGUUAACUUGUACAAUGAGAAUAUACCAGUGAUUUAGUUGAUCUCCAAAAUUUUGGCUGGCAGACUGAACUAACCCACCCCAGGCAAUUUCUUUGUUUUGUACUUGGGAGGACACCGUUUUUGACAGUAGUUCAACAUGGCAUGCCUUACACAAGCUUUUGCUUUUUAGGAUUGGCCACCUCUUCUUGAAUUAAUCUUCUGAUAUGUUAUUCUUUUACAUCUCAUGUAAUAAGCCCAACCAUGAAGAGGAAAUAAAUAUUACUGAAAAAAUGUAUAUGAAACUUAUCGCUUUGAACAUUUUGGACAGAUGUCUUUAGAAUAAUACGAGAAACCCCAAACUGUUUUAUGCAAAUCCGAGUAUCAUACAUUUUUUGCUCGAAAGCCGCAAUAAUGAUUUCAGGGAAUUUGGGUAAAAGUGCGUUUUUGAUCGCUUGCGUGUAUAAAAUAUGGAAUGUGAAAGCUAAAAAUAAUUGAUAAUUGAAGGCUCGGUAAUGUUCAGAGAAAAUCGCAAAUAAACUGUUUGAAAUUCAA